CUAUAUUUUGGAAGGUCAUUUUUUGGUAAUAUUUUUAGAACGCGAGACUACAGAUGUUUAAGAUGGCUGCAUUGACUAGGAAUUUAAAAAUCAGCCAAGGAGCUUUACAGCUUCUUAGGAAUCAGGCUUCAUCUUGCCAGGUACCGAUACGAUGGCUAAACCUCCAUGAAUAUCAAAGUAAGCAGUUAAUGGCUGACAAUGGUAUUAAUGUACAGCGUUUUAAAGUUGCUGGAACUAGAGAUGAAGCUGAAGAAAUUUCAAAAACAUUAGAUGUAAAAGAGUUUGUGAUUAAGGCCCAGAUCCUAGCAGGUGGUCGGGGUAAAGGUACUUUUUCCAGUGGCUUGCAGGGUGGAGUAAAGUUGACAACCAACCCAAAAGAAGUGACACCAAUAGUUGAACAAAUGCUGGGACAUAAACUAGUAACCAAACAAACAAUUGGAGAUGGUGUAUGUGUUAAAAAGGUGAUGAUAGCAGAAGCUUUGGAUAUUGAGAGAGAAACCUAUUUGGCAGUUCUGAUGGACCGAGAAACUAGUGGACCAGUGAUUGUUGCCAGUCCAGCUGGAGGUGUGGACAUUGAAGAAGUAGCUCAUACCAAUCCUGAACUUAUAUUUAAGGAACCAGUUGAUAUCAUAAAUGGUCUGUCUGAAGAACAAGCAAAGAGACUUGCUGAAAAUUUAGAGUUUAAAGAAGAACUAAGAGACCAGGCUGCAAAUCAAAUAAAGAAAAUUUAUGAGCUGUUUCUCAAAGUUGAUGCUACACAAGUAGAGAUUAAUCCCUUUGGGGAGACACCAGAUGGCCGAGUGGUUUGUUUCGAUGCCAAAAUGAAUUUUGAUGACAAUGCAAUGUUUCGCCAGAAAGAAAUCUUUGAACAGGAAGAUUCGUCAGAGAUUGAUCCAAGGGAAGUUGAAGCCACUAAAUAUCACCUCAACUAUAUAGGAAUGGAUGGGAAUAUAGCCUGCUUAGUUAAUGGUGCUGGGCUUGCCAUGGCUACUAUGGAUAUCAUUAAGUUAUAUGGAGGAUCUCCAGCCAAUUUUCUAGAUGUGGGUGGAGGAGUCCAAGAAGAUCAAGUAUACCAUGCAUUUAGAAUCCUCACACAAGAUACCAGGGUAAAAUCCAUAUUAGUAAACAUUUUUGGUGGGAUAGUGAACUGUGCUACUAUUGCCAAUGGUAUUACUAAUGCCUGUAAAAGCAUUGAUGUACAAGUCCCUCUAGUGGUGAGAUUAGAAGGUACCAAUGUAAAUGAAGCUAAAAAAAUCCUCUCUGAUAGUGGACUCAGAAUUACGACAGCCAGUGAUCUUGAUGAUGCAGCUAAAAAAGCUGUCGACAGCCUUCCCAUAUAGUUGUAGAGUAUUUUUAUUUCUAGAGUAAACAUACGUUUUGAUAAGAUUAUAACUUGCAUCACAAAGGUAUUCUAUGUAUUGUUUUAAAUCAUUUGUUAUACAGUUUAAAACUAGUUUGAGUAAAGAUUUGCAGUAGAAAUUUGUGCAUAAUAUAGUUAAUUAGCAAAAGUUUAACUUUGUUUGAAUCAAAGAAAAUGUUUCCCAAAAUUUUAACGAGUGGUUUGAUCUCCUGGAAUAAUGUAUUGGUUUAAAAGUUUCUCAUCUUAAUUAAUGAAAAGAUUCUUAAAGCCACGUAAGAGACUUAAGUUUCUUUUAUGUUAGGGGAAAAUGAUUAGUUUUUCACUUAGAGUGGACCAACAGUGAUCAUUCUUUGGGUUUAUUAUUAAUAAUGCUGAUUUAAUGAAUGGAACUUAUUAUUUUAUCCAAAUUACAUAGUUACAGAUUAUUGUAAAAAGCUUUAUAACUCAGAACAUGAAAAUAAAACUUGAUGUAUUGUUACAACUUAGAAGCUAAACCACAAAAAAAUAUAUAUAAAAAAAAAUCAUUGUGCCCAUUAGUAAAAUUCCACAAAAUACUUGUAAUUGAAAUAGUGAUAUCUUAUAUGUAUGAUGUGGAAACAAAUAAUAUAAACAGUUAUGAAUGAAAGAAAAGCUUCAUCCAAGUGUGUGAUCAAUCUGAAAAAAGAUAUCAUUUUUUGUGUAAGACUUUCUUUUUUACUUAUAUGAAACUAGAAGGUCAAAAUGAAUUGGUUCUUAAGUGUAUUUUAAAUCAUUUUAUCACAAUAUUUUUCUAUAUUUUACAAACAGUGAUUGAAAGUCCUUUUUUUGGUAGGUUUAAUUGGUGUAUGUAUGUGUAAGCUCUCUUAUUGUACCUUAAUGUUUUACAUAAACUGAGUAAUAUUUGUAAUAUUUAAGGAAGAUGACAGUUGAAGCUUAGCAGUUAUUAAAAUACCAUUCUUGCAUUGCAGUUGGAAGAAAAUAAAAACAAGUUUAAAAUACAUUGAACAAAAGAAUACAAGGUAUACACAAUAUUACAAUAUAUAUAUAUAUAUAUAUAUUUUAUUAUUAUUUAUACAGGUAGUGACUUAUUGGCACUUCAAAUAUGGUGGGUGAUACACCGUCAACAACUAUUUUUCUCUAAAAAGUAGUGUGCAAUAUAUAUUAGAGUUUAUUAAUGCCAUCCAUUAUACAAGAGCUGGAGGUAUGUUGUUCAUAAAUAAAAUAAAAAUGUUAGGAGUUAUGUAUUAAAAACAUUUACUUGUUCUGUUUUGAUCAGGUAGUCUGAAAAGAAAGAGUGGCGUAUUUUCAUUUGUGCCUUAAAUAUUGGAGAAUUAGUGCUUCGCAGUAUUUUAAUAUUGAGUAGAUAAGACUUAUAUAAAGUACUUAAAAUACAUAAUUUUAUUUAUAGUUUCCUUUUCUAGUCAUAAGUUAGACUUAUUAUUAAAGUCAAUGAACAUAUAACUUGCCAUGUAAUUAUUUAACAUUAGCACAUUUUUUGAGCAUUUAUAAAGUAAGUGAACUUAUAGCUAUAUAGAAGGAUUUAUAAUUUUGCUUUUCAAAAGUUGAGCAUUCUUGAGAAGGUGACAAUAAAAGCAUUCUAAAGUUAUAUAUAAUAACUAGAUGUACAGAAGAAACUAGGACUGGGUGUAGCUUAAUAGUUAGCUUCUUAGAUUCUAGACAGAGAGAUCCAAGACUAGAGCUUCAAUAUGCCACUGUGGGGAAUGUUAUGACUGUAACAGUUAAUCCUACUAUUUAGUUAACAGUAAUCAUAUGGAAGAUAAAUGUGUUUGAUUGGUUGUCCUCCCCAUAGUCAUAAGUCUAAAAUUAGGGAUGACUAUACCUGAAUUUUAGGGGCUCUCACCUGGUUGUUUAACCCAUGUGUCAUAUAAUGUGCUUUUCAGGUUGUAAACACCAAAUAUAGAAAAAUCAUUUUCAGUUAAUUUAGAGAGGAAUAGGACUGAAAUGAACUAGUUUUAGAAAAAUAUUGAUAUGCAACAGAAGGUACUUUUGUUUUUCUCUGCAUUUAACAUGUUUCCUUUUGAAGAUAACUAUUGUUAUUGUUUCCAGGGUGUGAAUUUAUUAUAACAUUGGAAUUAGUAUGAAUAUCACAACAUUCCAGACUUACUUUAGUUGUUGUUGUGUUUCACAAAUUAAUUUUUCUAGAAUAUACUGGAACAUACUUUCAAACCCUUUAUUGUUUUAUUAUUAGCAAACAUUUAAUAGCCUUUGUUUAUGUGUAUAUAUAUAUAUAUAUAUACACAGAAGUUUUUGAUCUCCAUGUUUUAAGUACUAGAAUUGCACAAGAUUAUAGUGAUAGCCCAAACUUCUGUAUUAUUUCAUUGGCCUAUAAAAAAAAAAGAAGAAAAAAAAAAGACUUUUGA